CGCCGGCGGAGGAGAUUGGAGCGGCGGCGGCGCGCGGCGGCAGACUGGUGCAGCGCCUGGCGCUCACGGAGGGAUCUCUUCCUCCUCCUCCUCCGCCACUCCCCCCACCCCCCUCCUGCUCCUCCUUCUGGAGCUUUGACGGUACCUUCUCCUCUGCCCGCAUCGCCGCCGCCGCAUCCCCCAGCACCGCGGCGCGCAGAGGAGGAGGGGAAGACGCAGCUGGGCCUCCACCGUUAGAGGGGUCCCCGGCUGCCGCUCGGUCGGUCGACCGGCGCCUCCGAGAUCACCCUCCAGCGGGGUCUCCACUCCCUCCUCCCAACGCCGCCGGCGCCCGCUGGCCGCAGCGAUGGGGCUCCUGGACUCGGAGCCGUGCAGCGUCCUGAACGUAGUGUCCACGGCGCUCAACGACACUGUGGAGUUCUACCGCUGGACCUGGUCCAUCGCAGAUAAACGCGUGGAGAAUUGGCCUCUGAUGCAUUCUCCAUGGACUACACUUUGUAUAAGCACUCUUUAUCUCCUGUUUGUGUGGCUGGGUCCCAAAUGGAUGAAGGACCGAGAACCUUUCCAGAUGCGUUCAGUGCUCAUUAUCUAUAAUUUUGGGAUGGUUUUGCUUAACCUUUUUAUCUUCAGAGAGUUAUUCAUGGGAUCAUAUAAUGCAGGAUAUAGCUAUAUUUGCCAGAGUGUGGAUUAUUCUGAUAAUGUUAAUGAAGUCAGGAUAGCAGCUGCUCUGUGGUGGUACUUCGUAUCUAAAGGUAUUGAGUAUUUAGACACGGUGUUUUUUAUCCUGAGGAAGAAAAACAACCAAGUCUCUUUCCUUCAUGUAUAUCAUCACUGUACAAUGUUUACGUUGUGGUGGAUUGGAAUUAAGUGGGUCCCAGGGGGACAGGCAUUUUUCGGAGCCCAGCUGAAUUCCUUCAUCCAUGUGAUCAUGUACUCAUACUAUGGGCUAACUGCCUUUGGGCCAUGGAUUCAGAAGUAUCUUUGGUGGAAACGAUACCUGACCAUGUUGCAGCUGGUUCAGUUCCAUGUGACCAUCGGACACACGGCACUGUCCCUUUACACCGACUGCCCCUUCCCCAAAUGGAUGCACUGGGCUCUCAUCGCUUAUGCCAUCAGCUUCAUCUUCCUCUUCCUCAACUUCUAUGUUCGGACAUACAACGAGCCCAAGAAAGCAAAAACUGGAAAAAUGGCGGUGAAUGGUGUCUCGGCCAAUGGUGUGAAUACAUCGGAAAAACACCUAGUGGUAGAAAAUGGAAAAAAGCAGAAAAAUGGAAAAGCAAAAGGAGAGUAAAUAGAACUGGGCCUUAACUGUUGUUGACAGUGAGGAAGCUCCCAUUUCAUGUAAGAUUUCAGGGAAAACAGAAGCAAAGGAGGGUUUGGGGUUGGGGAGAAGGAGGCAAAUGUGCUCUCUGUAUUAGUAACCUUUAGAUUGAGUAAACUGUUAAAUACCACACCCAGAUGUUUUAUUUAUGAUGUUUUAAUUUUCAACAUUUUUUUUAUUAGCCUUGACAUUGUCAGACCAAAGCAAUCAUCACGUGACUUUGAAGGCUCCCUCCCUCCCUCUGUUCACAUCUGUGUGUCUGAUGCAUGCAAUUUUUCAUGUAUCUUCAUUCUUCAUUGUGAUGAUCACAGAAACACGGUCUUUAUACAUUUGGGGCCUUGGGGGGGGGGGCAGGGAGGUGUGGGGGGGAGCUAAAUUGCUAAGUACCUACUGAUGAAAACCAGUUACCUUACAUCUUCUGGCCCCAGGCUGGAAAUGUGGAGACUUUAAAUGUGCACAUUUGAAUCCAUUUCCUGGCUGGAAUAGUCAAAUCUCUCCGCCUCUAGUCUGAAAAUACCCUUUUUGGUUGUAAUUAAAUUUUAAAAAUCUGAUGAUCUCUGUAGACCCUUAGAGGUUUGAUGAUGAUGGUGUCAGUGAAAACAAGAAUUACAGUAAAAUUCUUUCUGGCAACUGGAAGCUCACCAUGACUUGCAGCACAAAUCAGUGUGGGGAACAAUUUUUGUGAUGAAAAGGCAGCCUUUCAAUACUCCUGUUACUACCAGAAAAAUAUGAAAAUUAAGAUUGUUGUCUGAUUGGAACAUGAAACAACUCCUGUCUGUAUUAGUAACAUCCUAAAAUAGUUAACACUUAUGUGCUGUUAGAAGAGAGUAUGUUAAUUUUUAUCAGGCUUUCCUUGUUUUGAUUUGUGGCUAUUACUGAUUUUUCAUAUGUGGAAAUAUACCUACCUCUUCUGUUGGAAAGAACAUUUAAAAUGAAAUAAAUUUUAAUUUUAAAAAAAAUCAAGGAGUCCUCUAAUGUAAAUUUUAAUAUUAACUUUCAAAUUCACUAGCAUUGUUUUGUAUUCUUUACAAAUAUCAUACACCAAACUUUUCUGUGAAAGUAUCCUUCUCUUUCAAUGUGUUUCAUUUGGAGUGAUCUUUUCUUUGUGACAAAAUUGCAAGAUCUUAUUUUUAACUAAAUUUGAAGUGAAAAUCCA